GGGGGGGGCAAGCAACAAUAGCUAGAAAGCGCUCUGAUCUAAGUUAAAUAAUGGCAAUAAUAUAUGCCCACAAUUGGACACGCUGUUUUAACUAACUGGCGUGAAAAUUAGAGUGGAGCAGAAAUAUUGACCUGUAUCUGGAAUAAAUACUGGCGGCUUUUUUUUCUAACCUGGGGGAGACGUUUAAACGCUCAGGUUGGUGUCUAUUGUCUGUUGUUAAGGUUCACUAGGCAAAUCUGCGAGGGUUCUUCUCAGUUGCAAUUGCUUAAGCAGCAAAUCUUGCGUCCCAGUCUUUUAGUUAUGUGGUUAACCAAGAGGAACAUUUUGAUGAUUGGCGUCUCGGUGUGGCUAAUCGUACCGCUAAUUGCUAAUUGUGAACGCCGACCAGUGGCUAGCAUGCUGGCUACCCACAAUCUGUUGGGAUUUGUGUUAUUACGACCAAAUUAAACCAUGGCGUCAGUGCUGGGAAGGGGAUUUAUAGAAAGCGUUAUAUGUGAGACAAAUAUUCAUACGUUGAUUGGAUGAAGGCGAAAGUGGGGCGACAGCCAGUCCCACCUAGCUAAUGCUACUAAGCUAGCAGGUCAAUCAAGUAUCAUGGUGGAAUCGGUGUCUUUACAUCCAACCCACUUAUCAACGCUAUGUAACAACACGUUACACCUGAUUAGUUAAUUUCUAAUCAUGUUAAUCGUCCAUUCCCCCUAAAGGCAGCAUUAUGUGAAGGCCUGGCUAGGUUCACGCCCCCUUCCUAACAAAGCAUCUUCCCCGUUGGUGUGUCCUUGAGCGUCACAAUGGAUGACUUCCAGGUAGCAGGGAGGCACUGUUGGAAAUUGACUGGCAACCAGGAUGCACUGGAGCUGACCAACUGACGAAUAACACACAGAAGCCUUCUAAGACAUGCAAUAAUAAAUUUUGUAAACCUCUUGUCUUCAGGGGUGAACAAGUGAGCAGGAGCCUUUCCCAGCAUCGGGUUACACCCUGAACUGGUGGAAACAAACAUUUUACACUCACAUUCACACGUUUUGAGAAGUCUCGAGUUAACCUAACAUGUAUGUUUUGGACUGUGGGAGGAAGCCCCUGCAGGAAGGGAGAGACCAUGCAAACUCCACAAAAACAUGUCCUAACACAUUUUAAGAUGGAUGUUAAUUGUACAACCACUGGAUUAAAGUCCUUACACAAGUUUUACAAAAGAUAUUAAUCAUAUCAUGCAGUUAAAUCACCAUGUAUCAGAAACCUCUCUGUGUGAUGCACUUCCCCUGAAUUAUCAGCAAUUAUGAUUAAUUACGCACCCUCCUUUCUUGGACAGGGGUCCACUGUUGCCCCCUCCACAGAGAUGGGCUCAGAGAGCCCCAAGCACUUUGGAGCAUAUGUGAUGAUGACUGAGGAGGAGGAGGAUCAGCAAGAUAUUGGCCCCCUCAUCAACUCUGAUGGAGAAGAAGUGGAUUUGUCGGAUCUCAGAGAGAGCACCAUGUCAGGCAGUGGAGCGGCAGAAACCCCCUCCAUGGCAUUCAGUCAGAGCGAGAAUGAAAAGCCACCCUCUUUCCAUAGCUGUACCGUGUGUGGUAAAGACUUCCCAUAUGCCUCCAAACUCCAGCGUCACCUGCGCACUCACACUGGAGAGAGGCCUUUCCCGUGCUCCAUGUGCGAUAAGAGAUUUCCCGAGAAGGGUCUGCUCAUGAUCCACGAAAGGGUCCACACGGGGGAAAAGCCCUUCCCGUGCACUUUCUGUGAGAAGCGGUUCGCCAGCCAGGGCGAGCUCAGGCUCCACAGGAGGACUCACACUGGCGAGAGGCCGUACCACUGCUCCAUUUGUCUGAAGAGCUUCUCUCGCCACUGGCACCUCAAGACUCACCUGGACGCCAUGCACUCCGAGGUGGUCGCCGGCUUCACCAGGAAGAAGUUCCCGUGCUCGGACUGUGACAAGAGCUGCAACUCGGCCGCUGAGCUGAGGGACCACCAGAGGACUCACACUGGUGAAAGGCCCUAUCAGUGCUCCUUCUGCGACAAGAGGUUCGCCUUGUCAGGAACGCUGGUCAGACACGAGCGCCUCCACACCGGAAUCACGCCGUACCACUGCUCAGACUGUGGGAAGACCUUUGCGCAGCAGUGGACACUGACCACACACAUGCGGACGCACACGGGCGAGAAACCAUACAGCUGCACGCAGUGCGACAAGUCUUUUGUGGCACCCGGGGAGCUUCGGAGGCACACCAGGAUCCACACGGGGGAGAAGCCGUACGCCUGCGCAGAUUGUGGCAGACAAUUCUCGCUGGCUGGAACCCUCAGGAACCACAAGAAGUCCUGCACACAGAGCAAACAUGGACCACUUCAAACUGCAGCUGGUGAAUCAUCCCAGAGAGAAAUCACCAAUGUCAGCUCAGAGGUGUCUGCCAAUCAAUCUGUACCAAAUGUUGCGGCUUCCGCCGCCACCUCUUCAGAGGACAUCAACUGUGACCGAGUAACCCAGGAUGGUAAUGACUCUGAAGAACAAGAACAGGAUCCAUUCGGUCUGCAAAUGAAUGUAGUCGUGAAAGAGGAGGAAGAGGAGGAGCCUUUGUGCGAUGAAGCUUUGAGUCCAGAGUGUCCUACUGAGGAAAAUAAUGUAGCUACAGUGAAGGAGGAGGAAGUACAGGCUAUUCACACCACCCCAAAGCUUCUCAAUCACGUGGUCAUCUCUCCAACAUCACCAGUUAAGGAUCAGCGUAACAACAAUAGCAACAAGAAGACCAGAAGCUCUUUCUGCUGUGGCCUCUGUGGAAGAGACUGCCACAAGAUGUCAGCGCUACAAAUCCAUAUGCGCAUCCACUCAGGAGAGAAACCCUAUCAGUGUGCUCUGUGUGGCAAGCAGUUCACCCAGAAAGGUCAGCUGAAAGGCCACCAGAAGGUCCACACAGGGGAGAAGCCUUUUUCCUGCCCCGAGUGCGGCAAGUGCUUUGCCCACUCUGGCGCAAUGAACCGACACCGGCUCACACACACGGGGGAGAAGCCCUACCACUGCUCCCUGUGCGACCGCAGCUUCAACCAGUCGGGACGUCUGAGGGAACAUGAGAAGACACACUUCGGGGACAAGCUAAAUUGUCCUGAGUGUGACAAGACAUUCACGCGGGCCUCAAGCCUCAAGAACCAUGUGAGGCUCCACACGGGCGAGAGGCCAUACAACUGUGACGUAUGUGGGCGGGGCUUCAGCCGCUCUCAGAGCCUCAGGCUUCACAAGCGUAAACAUGAGCUGAUGCAUGUGAAGGAGGAGUCUGGCUUCAGUGUCGACGACUUAUCAGACAAUAGCUCCUCGUUAAAUAUGUGUAUAACGGUUAAAAAUGAAGAGGAUAUAUUUCUAUAAACCACACUUGACGGCUCAUUUUAGAUUGUAGAGGAAAGGUAACGUUAACACGGUGGUCACAUUCAAACAAAAAGUAAUUUUCUUCAUCAGUGAUCACAAAACAGUAUAUUUUACUCACAUUUUACAAUAUUUAUGGUAGUUUUAAGGUCUGUGAUUUCACUUUGUUCAAUGCAGUAUUUUGUUACCUAAUCCUGUUUUUGGACUGGCUUGUGCAUUUGUAGCAGAUGCAACUGAAAUACAUGUAGUAAGGUAAUUAUGCAUAGUAAAAGUAGUCAUCCAUUUAAAAACAAAUGUGGUUAUAUUUAUCUUGUGUAUGCCAAAACCAAUGUUUUUCUUUGUCGCCAUUUUUUGUUUUAUUAAAUUUUUAACUAAUUAAAUAUUUGGUUCACGUUGUUUAGCCUGUUUUGGGAGGUUAAAUCAGUGUUGUAAAUAAAGAA